AGAGGGAGAGAGAGAGAGAGAGCGCGUGUCCGCUGCCCAAUGACAGCGCAGGAUGCUGCCCGACUGAAUGGAGGCGACAAUAUGCCGUCCAAAGCGGCGAGGGAGUGGAAUUAUUAACAUCGACCAAGGUCGGACAUCGACGUGUUCCCCCCGUUAAGCAGAGAAAUCAGUCCCCCAUGUGCAGCUCGGAGGGUCAGGACAGUCUCUGCUGAGAACCCUCCGCUGAUUCACAGGACAUGUACGGCAGUGCCAGAGCUGUAGGCCACGCAGAGAGCAGCCCCGCACGGUCCCCCCGCCUGCCACGGUCCCCCAGACUGGGCCAUCGGAGGGCCAACAGCGGGGGCGGGGGCGGUGCGGGGGGGAAGACGCUCUCCAUGGAGAACAUCCAGUCACUCAACGCUGCCUAUGCCACCUCGGGCCCCAUGUAUCUCAGCGACCACGAGGGCGUGGGCUCCACCGCCACCUACCCGAAAGGCACCAUGACUCUGGGUCGCGCCACCAGCCGGGCCAUGUACGGCGGCCGCGUCACGGCCAUGGGCAGCAGCCCGAACAUCGCUUCCGUGGGGCUGCCCCACGGGGACCUCCUGUCCUACAGCGACCUGGGCUCCCUCUCCAUGCUACACCACCACCACCACCACCAGGGGGUGCCCUCGGCACUCCUGAGGCAGGCGGUGCGGGGCAGCGGUGGGGAGCUGCUGGAGAUGCAGGUCCAGCUCAGGGACAUGCAGAGGGAGAAUGAUCUGCUGCGCCGGGAGCUUGACCUCAAGGACAGUAAGUUGGGAUCCUCCACAAACAGCAUCAAAAGCUUCUGGAGUCCUGAGCUGAAGAAGGAGAGGAUAAUGAGGAAAGAAGAGGCGACUCGCACAUCCAUCCUGAAAGAGCAGAUGAGAGUCACUCAUGAGGAGAACCAGAUGCUGGAUGCCAGGAGAACCAAGCAUCUCCAAAUGACCAUCCAGGCUCUUCAGGACGAGCUGCGCACGCAACGAGACCUGAACCACCUGCUGCAGCAGGAGGGCGGCAACCGCUCCGCUUCGGACCACUACACCACCAUCGAGCUGACGGAGGAGAACUUCCGUCGGCUGCAGGCGGAACACGACAGGCAGGCCAAGGAGCUCUUCCUGCUCAGAAAGACCCUGGAGGAGAUGGAGCUUAGGAUCGAGACCCAGAAGCAGACACUGGGAGCCAGGGACGAGUCCAUUAAGAAGCUGCUGGAGAUGCUGCAGAGCAAAGGGCUGCCCUCGGGGUCGGGAAGGGUGUCCGAGGAGGAGGAGCAGGAGAGAGCGAGGCGCAUCGCUGAGGCGGAGGCCCAGCUGGGACACCUGGAGGUCAUUCUGGAUCAAAAAGACAAAGAGAACUUACAUCUUCGAGAGGAACUACACAGAAGAAAUCAGCUGCAUCAGGACCCAAGCAAAACCAAGGCCCUGCAGACCAUCAUCGAGAUGAAAGACACCAAAGUUGCCUCCCUGGAGCGCAACAUUCGAGAUCUGGAGGAUGAGAUUCAAAUGCUGAAGGCAAACGGCUUACUGAACACAGAGGACAGAGAAGAGGAGAUCAAGCAGAUGGAGGUCUACAAGAACCACUCCAAGUUCAUGAAGACCAAGAUCGACCAGCUGAAGCAGGAGUUGUCAAAGAAGGAGUCUGAACUGCUGGCUCUGCAGACAAAACUAGAGACCCUCAACAACCAGAACUCAGACUGCAAGCAGCAUAUCGAGGUGCUGAAAGAGUCUCUCACUGCCAAGGAGCAACGUGCUGCCAUCCUGCAAACAGAGGUCGAUGCUCUGCGUCUGCGUCUGGAGGAGAAAGAGUCCUUCCUGAACAAGAAGACCAAGCAGCUGCAGGACCUGACGGAGGAGAAGGGCACCCUUGCUGGAGAAAUCAGGGACAUGAAGGACAUGCUGGAAGUCAAAGAAAGAAAGAUCAACGUCCUGCAGAAGAAGAUUGAGAACCUGCAGGAGCAACUGCGGGACAAAGACAAGCAGCUGGGUAACCUGAAGGACAGAGUCAAGUCUCUGCAGACUGACUCUAGUAACACAGACACUGCCCUGGCCACCCUGGAGGAGGCGCUGUCAGAGAAGGAGAGGAUUAUAGAGCGCCUGAAGGACCAGAGGGAGAGGGAAGACAGAGAGCGCCUGGAUGAAGUGGACUCGUAUAAGAAGGAGAACAAGGAUCUGAAGGAGAAGGUCAACAGCCUGCAGAUAGAAUUAACAGAGAAAGAGUCCAGUCUUAUCGAUUUAAAGGAACACGCUUCAUCGAUCGCAUCCUCUGGCCUCAAGAAGGAUUCAAAGCUCAAGUCACUGGAGAUCGCCAUCGAGCAGAAAAAAGAGGAGUGUAGUAAGUUGGAGACACAGUUGCAGAAGCAAGCUGAGCAGCUAUUCAGUCACAUGAACCAUCCUAAGGCCCACGAGGUGGAGCAGCACUCCGGUCCCAGGGGGAACCCCGAGUACGUGGACCGCGUGAAGCUGCUGGAGAAGGAUGUGAGCUACUACAAGGACGAGUCCAACAAGGCUCAGACGGAGGUGGAGAGACUCCUGGACAUCCUGCGAGAGGUUGAGACUGAGAAGAAUGACAAGGAUAAGAAGAUCGCCGAGUUGGAAAGACAAGGAGGCAAAGACUUGACAAAGAAAGGUCCAAACAUCAAACUGGGACCACAAGGGGACAAGAAAGGUUUAGGACAAGACCCGCGUAAAGACAGUUCCAUGGAGAGUGGCCACCACCUAAAGUUGGAGGAGCUGAUGAACACACUGGAAAGGACGAGGCAGGAGCUGGAUUCCACCAAGCAGCGUCUCUCCUCCACUCAGCAGUCGCUGCAGGAGAGAGACGGUCACCUCACAAACAUGAGACAGGAGCGCAGGAAGCAGCUGGAGGAGAUACUGGAGAUGAAGCAACAAGCUCUGCUGGCAGCCAUCAGUGAGAAAGACGCUAACAUUGCUUUGCUGGAACUGUCCGCGUCGAAUAAAAAGAAGACCCAGGAGGAGGUUCUGUCCCUCAAGAGGGAGCGGGACAAACUGAUGCACCAGCUCAAACAACACACUCAAAGCAGAAUGAAGCUGAUCACCGACAACUACGAAGAUGAGCAGUAUCAUGCACACGCUCCUCAUCAACCCCCGACUCAGCCCCCCCACGCCCAGCCUCAGCCCCAGCCUCAGUACCCCCACGCUCCCCACGCUCCUCCCCACGCUCCUCCUCAUGCUCCUCAUGCUCCUCCUCAUGCUCCUCAUGCUCCUCAUGCUCCUCCCCACGCUCCUCAUGUCCAGCAGACUCCAUAUCCCCACACAAUGCACCCACAGCACCCACAGGCCCCCCAGCAGCACCCGCAGCAGCACCCGCAACAGCACCCGCAGCAGCAGCAGCACCCACAACAGCAGCAGCAGCAGCAGGCACAACCCCAGUACACCCACCCCCCUCACACACAGCACCCUCAGCAGCACACUCAGCACCCACAACCACCUCUCCAGCAUCAACAGCACCCACGCAACCCGCUGCCGCAACACCCUCAACAACAGCACCCGCAGCAUCCUCCGCAGCACCCACACGGACACCUUCCUCCGCAGCACCCUCACCCUCAGCACCCACAUGGCCCUCCUCAACAAGGACCCCACCCCCAGCAUCCACAUCCCCAGCACCCACAGCACCCACAGCACCCUCAGCACCCUCAGCACCCUCAGCACCACGCCCAGCAUCCACGCCACCCGUCGCCCCAUCAUCGGGGGGGGGCGCCCCGAGGACCCCCGCAUGCUGGUCACCGCCCUGCCCCAGACCAGGAUGACGACGAGGGCAUUUGGGCAUGAUCCGUGCCGUAAAAACCAAAGCUCUUUUAUUGUUGUUGAGGGAUCAUUCAGUCACUACUGGGGGAGCACAGCCAUGCCAUGAAGUCCAAUCAAUACCCAACCAAACAAUCACCUCCACUCAAGCAACGCUCAGCACUGGGACCUUUCUUUAUUUUCCGGGGACGAGGAGGGGCCACUCGUGUGUGCAGCUCAUGCAGGGAAACGGACAGCUUAGCAGGAUCUCCAACACGGUACGGAGCUGGAAGGAAACAGGCAGAUGUUGAUCUCCUCGGGCCUUCGACGUCCCUCCUGAUGCUCCCACCCCAGAUGGUGUCUGUCUGCCGGCUCAGUAUUAGUCCGUCGUCAAUGACUCAAGAUCCUGGUGGCCCCCGCUGUCUGUUUCACCUGCCUGACCGACUCCUCGGGCUCCGGUCGCCCCCCCCCCCCCCCCCCCCGCACCCCUCCUCAACUCUUGUGGUCUCACUGCCCUGUUGACUCACCUGGUGACAUCUGACCCUUCUACCUGGCCACCAUGACGUCGCUUAAGUAAUUUGAAUGAUCUGAUUGUGUUGAUGAGCUAUUUCAGUCACAGCGACUUCAUUUUUUACCUUUACAUCGAUCGGCGUUUCUAAAAAAAAAGAGAGAGUAGAGUAAAUAGAGUCCCACACCAGGUUAUUUUCCUCCUUCCUUGUGAGCUCACAAUAGUCCUUCUUUACUCUGCUGAACAAGCUCUUGGACUGUUUCCAGCCUCAAGGCUCGGGGUGCCAUCCAUUUUCUCGUCACGUUACCUCGUUUUAAUCAGAAGUAGUCAAAAAAAAAAAAAACGAAUCUAUGCAGAUGUCAGUGUAGAGUGAAUAAAAACUCAAAUUUAUCAAUCCAAGUGGCCAAGAGAGCGGUCAGAAACGACUCAUCAGUCAGAUUGUUUUUGAGCUUCUGACACCUAUGCACCUCCUCCGGGUUGCAGGAAUUUCUACUAAUGGUGCUUCUGCUGGUGCUCAGACUUCUAAAUGGUGUCAGAAGAACUGGUCAAGAGCAUAUUGUGUUCCUUUUUACAGUGGAGGGACUUGAUCUCAGAAUGGGCUUCACGAAUAACUGUAAUAAGACUGCUUUGUAGAUACAAAUUGGCCUUUCGGGGGAUUUGCGGGCAACGAUCACUUCAAGACCCCACAGGGAGGAGAUCUAUAUAUAAUACUGUUGGUGUGAAUACGUUAUAGACUACGAAUGGGAGGGUCUUCAAUAUAUGUUUUUCCCGCAGGUCUGUUUAUACCAUUGACAGCCCAGUAUCCGACCUACAGAAUUCUCCUUCCACCAGUAGUCUGUGUGACCUCCUCAAACAUAGUGACUUGUUUUCUCCUUCUCAACAAGGAGGCCUGUGCCUCGUUAAAAAAACCUGUACACAUAUAGUAUAGAUAUGCAUAUAUUAUACAUAUAGAGAGAAAUCUACAGUGUGUCUAUAUGUGGUCAGAAAAGUGUUUCAAACUGACAAGACGAUAUAUAUGUUUUGUUUCUUCAUGGUUAUUUUUGUAACUGGCUGCAGGUCAGAGAGAGAUUUUCCUCUGAUUUGUACACGAGUAAAUCCCUCAGCAGCAAGAAACAUUCCCUGCCUGGAAACACAGGUCAGCCCGAAAGAAGAAACAAGAGCUUUAGAGCGGUUUGUGUGAAAUAGAAAAGUAUAUCCAAACUAGUAAAGAUGACAUUAUUACAUUCCUUUUUCUUCAAUGUGAAAACAUUCAGUUGAACGCCGCUUGUGGCAACUUUGAAACGACGGGAGAAAAAAAAGGAAAAAAAAGCUGCAUUUUUGCAGCCCACAUAAGUAGCAUUGAGAUUCUGUCUGCUGCACGCAGGUCCGAAACCCGUUAGACACCCAAGUGGAGGUUUGAGUGACUCUGUCGAGGUGCGUUUCUUUUGCGUGUUCGUUGUCGUCUUGUAGUCAGAAGUGGUGACAUGCGUGACCGUGACAGCUGAUGAAGUAGAAAAACCAACGCACAUCGUUGCAGUGUAGUGGAAAAGUACAUUAGACUGUUUCAAGACAAUCCCCUACUUGCUCCCCCCCCUCCUGAUGCCUGUGUGUUUUCACGUGUAUGGCCAAGUGUUGACUGUUGUAUAUAAAUGUCUUUCCAUCUACACAACCUCCACAAACCGAGGUGUCCCGCGCAUCGCCUGUUGUCUCCGCUCCACAUGCCGUACGAACCUUUACAGCUCCUGUCACUGACCAAGAAUCGACUUUUGUCUUUGUGUUUACAAAUGUUGAGAGAAAAGUCCUGAUUUGGAUUUUGGUUUUAAAAGGAAAGACGAUGCAAGCAGGCAGAGGAGACAAAAUCCUCUAACUUCACCAUCAGGGGGUCGGAGUACGAAUCCUCCAUUUUCAGGUCCUUAUCUACUGAAUACUUGAAGUAGGGGCUUCUCCUACCAUGAAAUAAGAUUUAUAAUUGACAUGGUAGAAAACAUGAAACAUUUCAUUUGUGCCCACGCAUGUUGAAUUUUACAUAAUGUGCCAACUGAAAGCGAUGAUGUAAGAAUAAUCUCCUGUUCUCUAUGCAGAGCGAUUUGUGUCAAACAAAGCUUUAGGAGACACGGAGGCUUAGAGGCUGGUUUCCUGGGCUUAAGACAAAUCACUCAUCCUGGUUUUGAAUGACUGAAGUCAAGUGUCCGUCUGUGCCUGGAAGCAGCCGUAUAGAAAGAGUUAAAAAAAAAAAAAAGGCCUGUAGGUUCGCCACUAAUUCUCAAAGGCCUUGGAGAAUAAAAAGCAUGGAAAGCCUAACACAUAGUUUCACUUUACUGUUGUGUACAAGUUCAAUUUUAUUAUGUUGCUCAACCUUUGGAUCAAACAAAUCACUGUGACCAACGCCUAGAAACAUUUUUGCUUUGAAAGAACAAAUAUUGUUUACUUUUGUAUUAUUUUUUGUAUUGUUUCAAUUUACCGAAUAUGCCAGUUUGAGUCUGUACUAUUUGUAUAUGUAAAUGUUUUGAGCUGUACAGUAAAGACCUAGGAACCAGUUAAAUGUGAGUGUCCAGCAUGCUGAAUGAUUACUGGUGUGAACGUGAGCUAAUCUCCCAUGAAGCAUCAUUCAUUACUUGCAUCGUGCUUCGUGACGGCGUGAUGUUGUGUUUGAGUGUGACGUGUGUCUCACUUACUGUGUCCCCUCAGUAGACAGCCUGUGCAGUGUUGUGAGUGUGCAGCAUGUUUUUGGGGUUGCUUGUGUAAAUGUCUUCAGAAAAGAGAGAGGCGUGCGUGUGCGUGUGUGUGCGUGUGGGUGCGUGCAUGUGUGUGUGUGUGUGCGUGUGUGUGUGUGUGUGUGCGUAAGAGAAAAAUCUAUUUAAAAGAACUAACGGAGGAAGUACCUAGAUCAAAAAACAAAGAAGUGAGUUUGAGUCACAGUUUUGAAUGAAGCAUGGAUACUCUGAUGUUUUUUGUUUUUUAAAUCUAGGAGGCUGUCCCCAAGACCCAGUUUGCUAUUGUAUGUGCUGUAUCAGAAUAUUACUAUUGAGUGUUGGCCAGCUUGUUUAUAUCCAUCAAAUAAAGGUGACUUUCUUUCUGUC